CAGCAGUACCAACCGCAGUAUCUGCAGUUCCCCAACGAGACCAUCGUUGGCGGUGGCGACGCUGGCGGCGAGGCCGGCGGCUACAACACCAGCCCUGAUCCCUGCAUCGUGCUCCCGAUAACGAUCUUCUACUGCUUCAUCUUCGUCGCCGGCAUCGUCGGCAACCUGUCCAUCUGCAUCGUGAUAGCGAAGAACAAAUCGAUGCACACCGCCACCAACUACUAUCUGUUCAAUCUGGCCGUGUCGGACUUUCUGCUCCUGCUGUUCGGAAUGCCACUGGAGCUGUACGGAACGUGGAAUCCGUUCGCCUAUCCCUUCAACCAGAUCGCCUGCAUCAUCACCGGGCUGCUCUCGGAGACGGCGGCCAACGCCACGGUUCUCACCAUCACCUCGUUCACCGUCGAGCGGUACAUCGCCAUCUGUCAUCCGUUUCGAUCGCACACCAUGUCGAAACUCUCCAGGGCGAUUAAGUUCGUGAUUGUCAUCUGGCUGGUUGCGUUCGGGCUGGCCACACCGCAGGCGCUCCAGUUCGGCAUCGUCGAGAGCAACAACAGCCGGCUGUGUACGAUCAAGGACCAACACUUCGUGCACGCGUUCGAGGUUUCCAGCUUUCUAUUUUUCGUUGGCCCCAUGACGCUGAUAGCGGUCCUGUACGUGCUCAUCGGGAUCAAGCUCCGGAAAAGCAAACUGCUGCAGGGCGUCAAGCGUGCAUCGUCCGACUAUACCGCGCCACCCCGCGGCGUCAGUGCCCAAACGCGGGUCAUCCGAAUGCUGGUGGCCGUCGUGGCGACGUUCUUCAUCUGCUGGGCCCCGUUUCACGCCCAGCGACUGAUGGCGGUGUACGGGGCGAUGACCAACACGAACAACAUCUACUUCUUCCAGGUGUACACGGCGCUGAACUACAUCUCCGGCAUCCUGUACUUCCUGUCGACCUGCAUCAACCCGCUGCUGUACAACAUCAUGAGCCACAAGUUCCGGGACGCGUCACGGCACACACUGAAGGUGAGCUGCUGUGGUGGUCACCGGGGCAAAGCGGACGGCGGACAGCAUACGUACAGUGCCGUGUCACGGUACGGCGUCACCGGUGGCGGUUCGUUCAAGCUGAACUCCAACAAUAUGACCUGCAUCGGCGGAACGAUCACACCGUUCGGUGGCCCGGGAGCAACCAACGCCAACUGUGCGGCACUCGGCGUAUCGACUGUCGGUCCACCGGGCACUCCCGGGGCACGAUCGCACGGUCUCUGCCACCAGGAGACGAACAUGUCCCUGCUCUCCGGGGAGCACCGGUGCCAACGAACCGGGCCCGGGUACUCGAUUGCACGCGGCAGCUACAGCCGGGCGGGCGAUUCGAGUGGCGUUUCGAUCAGCAGUAGCCAAUCGACGACCGGCACGAAUCUCAGCAGCACCAACGGUACAAAAGCAUCCCGGUCGGCGAACGGGACGGCCGCAGCCAUUCGGUACGGUGGCAGCGGGGUCAACGAUGGCGGUCCCUCCUCGGGCCGGCUGUCGACGAUUGCCGAGAAGUUGCGGCGCGGCACGAAGAAGGUGCUGGCGCUUAGCAAAUCGCCCGCCGGGACACCGUGUAAGUCGACCACUCCGGUGGCGCUGGAUGGCAACGGGGCGGUGGAGAGUGAGCGCCGACGUAAGGCGUAUCGCAAGCGGAACAGCUGCGACAGCGUGGACACCAACACGAUCAGCAACUCGAGCCUGAAGGAGUUUGACGAGGAUGAGUUCAGCAGUGCCGAGUUGGCGCGUUUCAUGGGGGAGGUCAACAGUGAGAUACAUUAG